UGAAGGUUGUACCGAGCGAAACAGACUCGCUCCCCCCCUCGCUCAGGCUUCACAACCCGGGACAAGCCUCCCGGAGCUGGGGGAUCAUCAACACACCCAGAGUCUCCUCCGCACCUCAAUCAUCCCCAGCCCGAGGGUCUCUCUGUGCUGCUGGGCCGCCGGCCGAGCUCCUGUCCUCCCGGGGACUCACCGAGGGGGAAACGCCGCAUCCACACGGACACUGUAAAAGAGAAAAAGUUGAAACACGCAGAACGUACGGCAGGAAGACGAUGUGGCAGCCGUGCGGCUUCUCCUCAAGGUCAGCAUCGGGGCACAGCCGCCUCACGGAGCACUUUCUCGGGCAGUCGGAGAGGAGCCCUCCACGGCGAGGCGCGGAGCGGAUGCCCCUGUGUCCUCUGUUACCUCCAGCAUCAACGGGGACAUCGUCCACGCACACCGACAGCCACUGACAGAGAAGCCGGGGACAAACUUGGGGAAACGCGGCUGUGUGAAUAACACAAGGAACGGAGAAGGAGCAGCGUGUACUCUUGCAGCGGUAUUGUAAAAGUCAGCUCCAGCCGCUCCCCCGCCUUCUUCCUCCGGCCUGUGUCGGUGCGAGUGUUCACCUGGCGACGGGGGAACGAACCAGAGCCGGAUCCGAAGCUAGCUAACGUCCCCGGGGGGAAGGGGCUCCCGGUUCGGUGCACGCCAGCCGAACCCACCGCUGAACUCACGAACUUAAUCAACGAACCCAACAUUGCGAAGUUGUGAGUGACUCAACUUCCUUGAACCUGUUCGGGUUUUUUUCCAAGCGGACUUUAAAGUAUCAUUUCCUGGACACCAUGCCCUCGGGGACGGGCUCUCUCCGCCCGGCCGGGACCGGUAGGAAGCUACCGGAGCGGGGGCUGCUCCUGCUGGUGGUGCUGGUGCUCCUGGAGGGAUCCGUGCUCCCCCUCGGAGCCGCCGGCUCUCCGGAUGUCACUCCCCCGGAACAUGGAGGCGGCCACAAAGCUUCGGACCCGGGACAAAACUUCACCAAGAAGGCUUUCCCUGUGCUCAGCCUCGACUACCACCACAUACAACUCCCAUUUGAAAUCGCAUUAUGGGUGCUGCUGGCGUCUUUAAUGAAAUUAGGGUUCCACCUGAUUCCUCGUCUGUCCAGCAUUGUGCCAGAGAGCUGCCUGUUGAUUGUGGUGGGCCUGCUGGUGGGGGGGCUCAUCAAAUUGGCUGGAGAGGAGGUCCCACCACUGCUGGACUCCAAGUUGUUCUUCCUCAUCCUGCUUCCGCCCAUCAUCCUGGACGCCGGCUACUUCCUGCCCAUCCGCCCGUUCAUGGAGAACCUGGGCACGAUCCUGAUGUUCGCCGUGGUGGGGACCCUGUGGAAUGCCUUCUUCAUCGGGGGCCUCCUGUACGGCGUGUGUCAGAUCCAGCCCGAGCACUCGUCCCUCCACGCAAUAGAGCUGCUGCCUUGCCUGCUGUUCGGCUCCAUCAUCUCGGCCGUGGAUCCCGUCGCUGUGCUCGCUGUGUUUGAGGAGAUCCACAUCAACGAGCUGCUGCACAUCCUGGUGUUCGGCGAGUCCCUGCUGAACGACGCUGUCACUGUGGUGCUGUACCACCUAUUUGAGGAGUACACAGCCGCUGGGACAGUGACAGUGGUCGAUUGCAUACUUGGAAUGAUCUCCUUCCUGGUGGUUGCGUUGGGGGGUGUUCUAGUGGGAGCCAUCUACGGCUUCCUGGCAGCCCUGACCUCGCGCUUCACCUCCCACGUGCGUGUCAUCGAACCACUUUUUGUCUUUGUGUACAGCUACAUGGCCUACCUGUCGGCGGAGAUGUUCCACCUCUCCGGCAUCAUGGCGUUGAUCGCGUGUGGAGCGGUGAUGCGGCCCUACAUGGAGGCCAAUAUAUCCCACAAGUCCCACACCACCAUCAAGUACUUCCUGAAGAUGUGGAGCAGCGUCAGCGAGACGCUCAUCUUCAUCUUUCUGGGCGUGGCCACGGUGGACGGACCCCACUACUGGAACUGGACCUUCGUCACCGUCACCGUGGUCCUAUGUCUGGUGGCGCGGGUCAUAGGUGUGGUUGGCUUGACCUUCAUCAUCAACAAGUUCCGCAUUGUGAAGCUUACCACCAAGGACCAGUUCAUUAUAGCCUACGGUGGCCUGCGAGGUGCCAUCGCCUUCUCCCUGGGCUUCCUGCUGGACAGCGAACUCUUCCCCAUGAGAAAGAUGUUCCUCACGGCCAUCAUCACCGUUAUCUUCUUCACAGUCUUCGUACAGGGCAUGACCAUCAAGCCCCUGGUGGAGCUUCUGGCAGUGAAGAAGAAACAGGAGGCCAAGCGCACGAUUAACGAGGAAAUCCACACCCAGUUCCUCGACCACCUCCUGACUGGUAUUGAGGACAUCUGUGGACACUAUGGACACCACCACUGGAAGGACAAACUGAACCGCUUCAACAAGAAGUAUGUGAAGAAGUUCCUGAUUGCCGGCGAGCGCUCCAAGGAGCCACAGCUCAUCGCCUUCUAUCACAAGAUGGAGAUGAAGCAGGCCAUUGAGCUGGUGGAGAGCGGCGGGGGAGUCAAGAUGCCUGCUGCUGUUCCCUCCACCGUCUCCAUGCAGAACAUUCAGCCCAAGAAGCCUCCUGCUCCCAAGACUGGGGACCGAGCGAUGCCGGCGCUGCCUAAGGGCAGAGAGGAGGAGAUCAGGAAGAUCCUGAGGAGCAACCUCCAGAGGACACGACAGAGGCUGCGCUCCUACAACAGACACACGCUGGUGAUUGAUCCGUUUGAAGAUGGAUUCAGUGACUUGCUCAUCAAGAAGCAUAAGAUGAUUGAGCUGGAGAAGAAGAUAAAACAGAUGAAUAACUACCUGACGGUGCCGGCUGCUCCUCCCGACUCGCCGACAAUGUGUCGUGCCCGACUGGCCUCAGACCCACAGGCCUACAGCAUGAAGCCGGAGUCGGGCAGCGUGCCGAGCAUCCAGGUGGACCUGGCCUCCCCUCAGUCUCCAGACUCUGUCAACGUGGUGGAUGAGUUCAGACGGGCCAAGCGGGAGGAGGAGGAAGAGGAGCAGGGCCUGAUGAUGAAGCCCCCACAUGGGCAGAGCGGACCUAGCAAGACAGGCGAGCCGCAGAAGAUGACACGGUGCCUGAGUGACCCGGGUCCCAGCGCCGACGAGGAGGAGGAAGAACCCUUCCUGCCGUAGAGCGGCGGAGCGGCUGUGGAGGGAUCCAGGUGCUUGGCUAGAGGAGAGAGAGCUGCUUCACCGCUCUAGAUGAUCUCUUUGGUUCAGAAACCAAAGAAGCCAAAACUGCUGAAGCUGUACAAAGAUUAUCUGAAGAAAAAAGAGCCAUUAGUUUGUUAUUGUCAUUGCUCUUUAUUUUUUUAGAGCGGCUUGGAGCAGCAGACGCUGACAGAUUAUGAUGGAUCAUGUGAGACAUUCAGGAAAGAACUAUGCAUUACCAAAGGUCUGGACUGUUGGUCAGACAGAGUCCUUCUCACCUUAGUGUCCGACUGGUUUAUUUCUUACUUCGUGAUUUCAUAGUUGUCAAAUCAAGUCAAAUCAAACUACUUCAGUCCAGUUUUUCUCUUUUUCACAAAAACAACUUGAGUUCUCUCUGUCCGUCUCUUGAAAAUAGCUGAAAAUCCAAACACGUAGUGAGUCAAACAAAUACUUUUGCCUUAUUUUAAUGUCAGAUCUUUUCACUUGGUGCAUUUUAAUUUCAGGGGGCACUGACGAAUGUUUGUUGAGGUGCAGGUUAAAGCUGGAUGUAUUUAGCCACCGUGCAAAAAGAGCCGCAGCUCUUUAAAGUCCGGCGGCCUCGUGGAGGGAACUGACGCAAACUCCCUCGCUCUUGUUUAAAGUAGUUUGACCUUCGUGAAGCUGAGUGUGCGACAGGCAGCGACGCAGCACAGAUGUUUGUAAUGUCAGUCGUCACAUUUCUGUCUUUAGAUGUUUUAAUGUUUUACCUCCAUCGGUCAGUUGUUAGAGUGGAUUCCUCAGAUGGUAACAUCUUAACGCUCAUCACCUCACUGGAGUUUUUAAUACAUCAGAUCUAACGCUCACUAUCUUUUAGUCGCCUUCUAGCGUUCUUCAUUUUGAGGUCCCACGUUGCUCUCGAGCAUAUUUCAGAACAAAGUGAAGAUUUGUUUGUACAGGAAUCAGCCACGCCCCCUAAGCUUCUUAAGACUGUGGCCACGUGACGGCAAAAACAUAUAUAUUUAACUCUAUGCAGUAUGGGUGUGUAAUUUAUGUUAAUUAAUUAUAAUAUCAUAUAUCUAUGAAAAACCUUUUAAACUAAAGUCUUAUAAUCUUCAUGCAAAACACAACAAACUAAAAACUAAUCGCUGAAGUCAAACACGGGCAUUAAGACAAACAAUCAUAGAAAAAACGGCAUUUUUGCACAUUCGAGCAAGAAUGAAAAGUUAUUUGCAGUCAACACGACAUUCAGUUCUGUCGAUACAGUCACUGGAUGAGUUCUUCCUCUCCGGCUGUUUUAAAGGUGUUGGUGACGAAUGGAUCCUGAUCCUCUCACAUCACAGCAGAGGACCACGACAGUAAUGGGAUAUCUGGUCCGUGUACCUGAUCCCCAGUCGAGGGCGUUUAGUUCCCUUCUUUCCGCCAACACGUUUCCUGCUCUCCUAUUUCUGAAAAGAGUAACUGCGGCAGAGAGAUGCGGGGGGGGUCAAACCCUGAAGCGUCUUGUCUCCCUGCCACGACCACAUUUAAAUUCUCUUUCGGAAAUACCCCCGUGCUGAAAAUGACAACAGACAAUGUUAAAAAGCUCGGGAAUGACUAAACGACAGGGGGCGCCUUCUUCUCCUCCUCUUCCUCAGAUCCGCCUCCUAUUAAAGAAUCCUGGAGAGGCGUUUUUCUAUUAUGUCUCCCAAAGUGUUAAAAGAUUAAAACCUCCAGUCGAAGGCAGUUUCUUGAUCUCUACUUCUGCCCAGACCUUUCGGGGGGUUUCAGGAAGUUUACAGCCUGUACUGUAAUAACACAUCGAGGGAAUAUGAAGCCUUUCAUAUCAAAAUGGAAACCAAAUCAAUCAAAUAAUCCUUUAAAAUAAGACAAAGAACUUAAAUCUCUAUUUUCAUGCUUACACCAAAUGAAUCUUUUUGGGGGCAAACACUUCUCCUCUUCAGGGAAACGUUUGCUUCACAAAACCUCAGUUUGAAGCCAAACACCUUAAAGAUAAAUUCAUUAUGUCAGAAUGUCAUUCACAUCAUUUUGCCUUUUGUUUCUGCUCAACGCACAAACAUCUUUAAUCUUUUAAUCACUUUUUUUUCAAACGAAUGUUUUAUCAAUUUGAAAAGUUUGUGCUCUUGAUAUUUAUUUUCUUUCUUCAGCGAUGAAUUGUUUUAAGUCUCUGCCUGUAGUCCGCAUUGAUUGUGUUGGACUGUUGUGUCACCAGAUCUAUGACGCUUUGUGUUGUUUUUCUGCAUCUUUUUGCUUUAAAACACUUCAUGUGCUUUACUCAUUCAACUGCUGUUGUCAUGCAGAGACCUGUAUUAAGUCUUUACAGGCAAAUAUGGUCUCUCUCUCUUUAUCGCCAUGUGCUUUCACUGCUGCAGUGCAACGCUCCAUGUGGAUUACAGAGUUUUUUUAAAGCUGCAUUGUUUUUCAUGUGUAACCUGUAACGACACUCCAGAAGCUUUUUUAUCACCCAAAGUUCAAACUGUGGAGUUCAGGCUCUGGCUUCAUAUCAGAGCAACGAGCUGAAUCUACCAUUAGACACUUAACGGUUCAGUUUCACAAGCGUUGCGAUCAAAUCAAAGACAGAUUGUUUCACUGGGGGAAAGUAAAGCAAACGCCUCGAUUACAAUCUGCCACACAAGCUGCUUCCUGACUCUGAAGCUGAAGGACACACUGGUGUUUUUGCAUGUUUCUGCUUUAAUUUUACGUUUCCUCUGCAAUUUCACGCAAAUUAAUUUCCUUUCGAAAAAACAGAUGUUUUUAAACUUCAUGAACAUCAGGUUGUAGAGAUGUCAGGUACAUUAUUUUGUUGUGUAAUAAUAACUAGCAGCAGCAGUGCCAUGCGACGGUGAAAUACACGUAAGCUAACGUUGUUGUUUCAAAGGUAGAAAAACACUGUUGUACAAAUAGUGUUGCACGGAUUUGGUGCAUUUUACUACGUGGACGAAAAUAUGCAAAGACGCUGGUAUGUUCCUCUCGAUGCAGUUAGAUCGGACCAGUGCAAGGGGAGAAUGUGGGUGAACAUUGAGUUAAUUAUAAAAAGCUGUAAUCACUCACACACACACCUCAUCACCACAGUGAUCCUGUCGUGUGUCAUCUCUCCUCCACCCAAAGACUGUUCUCCUCCCUCGCUCACCUCAUCAGUCUCUCCCUCGGGUUCCACCGUUCACACGACCCUGAGCACUUUAACGAAGCAGAACCUUUAUCUCGAGAAGCUGAUGUUGGAGCGAGCAAUACGAGGCUUUAGUGUAACGUGCACGUCACAGGGGGGAAAGGAAUGUACUGUCAUGCCGGGCCUUGUCAAAGAAAUGGGUUUGUGUUUUUGGUCCUGACAUAAGGAGAAGCUGGGAUUUCAGAUUGUUUGUGAAGGCCUCGCGAUGACUGAUCAUGUUUCCCUUUAUUUCCUUCACAAUCUGUUUGUCUUCAUGUUUUUAUUGAAAUUAUGUGACAGUUUUCUUUGUGCAGUUUGACAAUUUCAAUUUUGCAAUAAUGAAAGAUAAUUUUUUACUAAAUGUACACAUGACUGGGAAAUAUAUAUAUAUAUAUGUAGUAUAAUUAGAGAUAAUUAUGUAUUAGAAAUGUAUUAUGAUGAUCUGAACGAUACGUGUGCACUUUCUUUCUGAUUAAUCUUCAGCUUUCAGCAUUCCAUUCCUGUAUCGACCAGUGAAAACUAACAACCAGAGGUGAAACUAUGUCAGAAAAAAUAUAUAUAGAAUAAAGUUUUACUUUAUAGCA